AUGCCAUUGCCUCUGUCGGGCGCUGCGGAACACCAAGCGAGGAGGCAAAAGAGCCCCCUCACGAUCCAACCCAGCGUGAGCGUCUCGUCGGGAGGUCAAGAAUUUCCAAAAACGGCCCCGUGGUCGCGUGCAGGAGAAACAGUGCUGGUGCAACGUCGCAAAGGCACAUUGCGUCACUCCUGUUGGUUGCGCCGUGUCCUAACGAGGUCGGUGGUGCCCGCCGCCCCCAUCGUAGAGGAGCCCCCCCCCCUCAGCAGGCUGUUCCCCCGGCAGUCCGAGCGGACCGGGAGUUGUUGCACCAGUCCUCCACAUGGUAUAUAUGUCGGGCUGUUGCCGGCUCAGGAGCACAUGCUAAACCCCAAUGGCGUCAGCGAGGCUCCGACUCUGUGGACGACAAAAGAGGAGCUGGCGACCCGUGCGUUGGGCAGGCGAUGGGGAACCGUUUUGAGUUGGAGCACGGCGCAGCAUGAAGCACGCCGGAUCCUGAUGCCGCAAGAGGUUUUAGAGGUGCCCGCAGCACAGCUUCGCCAACCCCGGCACCUCCGACAACUCCCCGGUGGCUGCUGCGGGAGCGUUUCGUCCAGCACGCCCUUGCCCCUCGUCGCCUGA